CCGUGUGUCUCGCGUCACCUGAGUUCGUGAACACCUGAAACCGGUCUAGAAAACCUGUUAAAAACUUCUAUUGAACUCGACCCAGACCCUCGUCAACGUUUCGAGAAAGGUCGGGUCUGCUUCCAGCGCCACCCGCAGGCAAAAUGUCCGGCGCCCCUCUGUUCACGCGCCUCAGCCUCCCCGAGGGACUGGAGGAGGUCGUGGAAGGGCUGGCGAGGGAGGUCAUCAAGAGUCAGGUCUCAGAGCCCUUCGACAUCUACAACUUCGCCUGGAAACACUUCUCCGAUCUGGUCAGCCGCAAGAAGGACCUCCCAGCGAAGGAUGCUGCUCCCUACGCCCCGCCCAACCGCUACAGGAAAGCGGACGCCAGCGGGAACAACCAGUAUGGCAGGAGAGGAGCCCCCACCGGAAGUGUCAGGGUCGUGCCGACAGUUCCGUCGAGGAGGCGUGGAAAGAGCCUGGGAGAGGAUGGCGUCGGCAAGACAGGCUCCCUCGAUCGCGAGCGGCCUCCUCGGCGCUCCUUCAUAGCGGAGACCAGAGACAGAAUGAAAAAGUCCGUCUCUCUCGACCGGCGGACCGUGCCGGGCCUCAGCCGAAGCAAGUCGUCCAGCCGCGACAAAGUCAAUCAGUCCCGCGAAUCGAUCGUCGGGAAACCAAGAAAGGGAAGGAAAAAGGGUGCCAACAACGUCCCCCUUGGCGCUGUCGCGGGCGCUGUGGCAGCUGGAACAGCAGCAGCGGCUGCGGGAGCUGUCGUGGCUGGUAGUUCUGCUGACGACGAUGCUCCUGCAGAUGCUGCUGAGGAAGUAGAGGCUGUAGCAGAAGCCGCUGAUGAAACAGAGCCGCAGUCACGGCAGCUGUCGUGCUGCGGGACGAGGCCGAGGAGGUGGCGAGCGUCGGCGUGUCGGCAGAGGCUCCGGAGGAUCCAGGAGCGGAUGCUGCCGCCGAUGCUGCAGAUGAUGCCAAGGAAGCGGACCCUGCAGCAGGAGAGGCAGAUGUAG